AUGACCUGGGCCGAAAACAAAAGGCUGAUCGACAUUCGCGAUAAAGAUCUUAGAAAAUCGGUUCCCAAAGGUUUCCCGUACUUUGCUGUUCAUUUUGGAACAAAAGGCGGAUUUGCCCAUGUCAUUGAAAAUGAAAGUUUGUUCCCUAGAUGGUUCGGACAGGAAGUCGUCGGUGGGAUGUUGGACCUAGAACCAAAGCUCUGGCUAUAUCCUAAAAGGGAAUCUUUCGAAGAUGGAUUGAAAAAGGUUUCGCUCUUGAAAGAAAUUUGGAGAAAAGUUGAUCUUACUGAAAGACUUUCCGCUAUUUUAUAG